UUUGGUUGGUCGGUCAUUUUUGCGUUUGCAGGCUAUGGUGACGAAUGGCCUUAUUGCCGACGACUCUUGCACCAAACUUUCUGUCCUGACUCUGCACCUAAGUUUCGUCCAAUGCAGAUCAAGCGCGCGCAUGAGAUGAUCGUCAAUCUAAUUGAUGACCCACAUUGUCACUUUGCAACGUCAGUCUAUGUAUUCUUGACAUCAAUUAUGAUGUCAGCGACAUACGGCCGCCAAACUAGCCUUCGUGAUGAUCCUCUGGUUGGAAUCGUAGAAAAUGCAGUGGCUCUUGCCUUGCAGGCGAUGACCCCAGAGAGAGCAAUCUUGCUCAAAAUUUUCCCCUUCUGUGAGCUAAGCUAUUUUUCUCGGGUCUUCAAUCAAACGCGAUGCUCUCAAACCUCGGCCAAUUGCAUGAGAGAAAUGACCGACGUGCUGUUUCAAUAUGUACAGGAGCAUAUGGUGGGCAUCUUUCGUUUUGAAAGAUAUUACUACUACUGCUAUUCUGAGUUCAUCAUCUUUUUACAGGGGAUGGUAUACCUCUCAUUGAUACAUAUCUAUUCAGGUUCAUACGAGACGACUAUUUCAGUCCUGAUGGUUUUUGCUCUCGCCAUGGUGUCUUACCCAAAUGUUCAAAAACGCGCACAAGUGGAGAUCGACUCAGUAGUUGGGCAGGAUCGCUUACCUACCUUCGAAGACAGAGUGUCACUACCAUACGUUGAAUCAAUUCUACGGGAGACUUUGCGAUGGCAGCCUACUGGACCCAUUGCGCCACCUGCCACCUCGAGUGAUGAUAUAUAUGACGGUUACUUCAUUCCAAAAGGUCUGCCAUUUUUAUCUAGUGAGCAGAUCACAUCUAACCCCGAUUGCAGCACUGUAAGAAACGGUCAAAGUUUGUGCUCAAGAAAACGGAACUUACCGUGUACCGGCUCCACCAGCCGCUGA